AUGUUACAAUUGGAGUUGUUGAAAAGAGCCGGAAACGAAGCCAUCGACGUGAAUCCCGCCUUUGGCGUGGACAUCAAACUAACGGAGAACGGAUCGGACUGGCUAUGGGCGGUAUUUUCCGUUUUUGCCCUCAGUGCCGUGAUCUAUGCUGCCUUGUUCGUGUAUUACGAACAGAGAGGCGUCAACUUGCACCGUUUUGCAAUUGCCGCCCCGCUCAGUAUCUCGUUGGUUUUGGCUUUUUCGUACUUCACCAUGGCUUCCAACCUGGGCUGGACUGGUAUUCAAGCAGAGUUCAACCAUCAAAAGACCGCUGACCAGGCUGUGACUCCAGGUAUCAGACAGAUCUUCUACGCCAAAUACGUUGCUUGGUUUUUGACGUGGCCCAUUUUGUUGUACCUCACGGAGCUUACCGGCGUGGUGACUAUUGGGUUCGAAGCUUUGGCUGAGCGUUCUUCAUUCUUCGAAUUGAUCCACGGCCUAAUACUGCAGAUCACCGGCAGUUGGUUUUUCAUCGUUGGUCUCUUGGUUGGAUCUUUGAUAACCUCCAGCUACAAAUGGGGAUACUGGACGCUAGCUGUGUUUGCUCAAUUUUUGGUCACUUUCGUCGUGUUCAGACACCAACUACGCGACUUAGUUGCCACGGGCAUCAAAUUGGCGAUUUUGAUUCUCACUUAUUUCUGCAUCUGGCUCUACUUUGUUGCAUGGGGUCUCAGUGAUGGUGGUAACGUUAUCACUGUAGACUCUGGGCACGUUUUCUUCGGGAUCCUUGAUCUUUUGGUGUUCCUUGUGGUUCCAGCUCUAUUGUUGGCCACUGCCGUCUCUUUGGGCGCGGUGCCUUCAUUUGCGAUCAGACGCUCUGGACACCAUGACCUGGAAAAACAGGUUGAGCCAGUAAGACUUGGAAACGCUACCGCUGCUAACCACAAUGAUACCACCCAGGUUGUUGCCGUUGACGACACAGCAGCACACGAUACUGUGGUUGCUUGA